AUGCCGCACAAGCAUACCCGCCGGGAUAAGGAUCAUUCGACCUUCAACCUGCCGCCGUCACAGUUCGCCAAACCCUUACCCGUCAAACCCAAGAAGCAAGAUGGUCAGAAAAGCGACAAUGCUGCCGCGCAGGGCAAGAAGCGCAAGAGAGAUGGAUCCGGGCAGAGCGACACACCGCGCGCGUUCAGAAGAUUGAUGGCAUAUGCCGAUGGAAAGAAGCCAAGAUCAGGGUUGGAUGACGGACUGAUGCCCGAGACCCAGUCGAAGAAGAAGAAGAACAAGAAGGCUGCCGAUGACGCAACUGAUACUGCCGCCACCGACACCAAAGGGAAACCCGAAAUCCCCACCAUCCGCCCUGGAGAGCGCAUGUCGGACUUUGCUGCCCGUGUCGAUGCUGCUCUGCCUGUGGGUGGACUGAUUGGCAAAACGGCAAGGGGAGGAAAGGACCCCCUGGGCCUUAAAGUGUGGCGCACCAAGAAGGAGAGACAGAUGCACAAGCUGUAUGACGAGUGGCGCGAAGAGGAACGCAAGAUUCGCGAGAAGCAAGAGGAGGAAGCAGAGCUGCAAGAAGAGAAGGAUCUCGAAGAUGAGGAGGCCGGCGUAUCGUGGAAACUCAACAUGCAGGGAGCUCCUGUCGCAGGCAAGAAGAAGAAGAAGGGCAAGCGAGCUAGGUAUCUGGGUGAGGUGGCUGGCGCUGAGGAGGACCCAUGGGAAGAGCUGAGAAAGAAGAGGGGCGAGACGAGGCCAGGGCUCCAUGAUGUCGCGAAGGCGCCACCAGAGCUCAAUCUCAAGCUUCCCAAGAAGCUUACUGUCCGUGGCGCCGCCGUUACAGUGGAUGGUGUUCCGAAAGCCGCAGGCAGUCUGAGGAGAAGAGAAGAGCUCCAAGGGGUGCGAGACGAUGUUGUGGCAUCGUACCGAAAGAUGAUGGAAGGGAAGAGACCAAGUUUGCACCAAUCCUGA